AUGGCGGAUGAAAGCAAAGUUGCGGUGCCUGCAAAGUACGAUCUGAAUGCUAAAUGGGAUGCGUGCCUCGAUUUGGGUCUCCGCCGCUUCGUUUACUCUGCGUUCGCCGGCGCCGGCGCAGGCCUUCUUCUCUUCCGGAGUCCUGUGACACGUUGGGCAACUGUAGCCUUUGCUGCUGGAGUCGGUAUUGGUUCCGCAUACACAGAUUGCUCUCAUAUCUUUGGUGGAUCUCCACCUAAAGUAACCCCUUUCAUCACUGAUGAAUCUAAUUCUAAGAGCGAGGAAUGA